UUGUAAUCAUCUCGAACUGAGCUGAGAUGAGCUUCUCUUCUCCGGCGCCGUCCACGUCCAUGUCCCUCUCCCCGUGUGUCUCGCAUCACCACCGACGACCAGACGACCAGCCACGGCUCCUGCUACCCCGCUGCAACAAUUAAACGUCAUCUUCUUGCCUACUUCACCUCAGUUCGUAUUGCUCUCUGGUUAUCUGCCAUGGCGCCGGACGUUCUUGUCGCCAUGCUUCGGCGGCGGCAGCGGCAGUGGCUGGUUGAGCUGAUCGGGAUCCUGCUGCUUCUUGCUCGAGGUGGCGCUGCCGCCGACGAGUUCGUGUUUCCUGGCUUCUCCAGCGACGUCGUGAACACCACCGGCGUGGCCGUGGUCACCUCCUCCGGUCUCCUCCAGCUCACCAACGAGACGAAGGAGGUGUUCGGCCAUGGCUUCUACCAAGCGCCGGUCCGCUUGAGAAAUGCUUCCACCGGCGCGGCCGUCUCCUUCUCCACCUCCUUCGUGUUCGCCAUCUUGCCGAAGUAUCCGGACGCGCACGGCCACGGCCUCGCCUUCGCGCUGGCGCCGUCGGUGGUCGUCCCCGGCGCCGUCGCCGGAAGGUACCUGGGGCUGUUCAAUACGGCCAACAGCACGGGCCAGAUCGCCGCCGUCGAGUUCGACACGGCGCAGGACGAGGAGCUCGGUGACAUCGAUGACAAUCACGUCGGCGUCGACGUCAACAGCCCGAAAUCCAAGAACUCUACCGCGGCGGGGUACCACGACGCCGCCGCCGCCAGCGAAUUCACCAGCCUCAGCCUGAUCAGCAGCGAGCCCCUGCAGGUGUGGAUUGAGUACGACGGCGACAGCGAACGCCUCGAGGUGACGCUGUCGCCGGCCGGCGUGCCCAGGCCGGCCACCCCGCUCGUGUCCUGCACCGUAAACCUCUCGUCGCAUGUGACCAACGACACGUACGUCGGGUUCUCGGCGGCGAACGGCGCGGCCGCGAGCUCCCACUACGUUCUCGGCUGGAGCUUCCGCCUCGGCGGCGGCCGCGCGCAGGAACUCGACCUCUCCAAGCUCCCGCGGAUCCCAUCUCCGAGCAACUCCGAGAAGAAGACGCCGCCGCUGAUUCUCUUGACACUUCUCCUCCUCUCCGUCGUGGUCCUGCUCCUGGCGGCGGCGGUCCUGGCAGCGAUCGUGGCGCGACGACGGCGGUUCGCUGAGGAAGAGGAGGAGUGGGAGAUCGAGUACGGGCCGCACAGGAUCAGCUACAAGGACCUGCACGGCGCGACCAAGGGCUUCCGCGACGUCAUCGGCGCCGGCGGCUUCGGCCGCGUGUACCACGGCGUGCUGCCGAGGUCCGGCGUCGAGGUCGCCGUCAAGAAGGUGUCGCACGACUCCCGGCAGGGGCUGCGGGAGUUCGUGUCGGAGAUCGCGAGCAUGAGCCGGCUGCGCCACCGCAACCUGGUGCAGCUGCUCGGCUACUGCCGGCGGCGCGGCGAGCUGGUGCUCGUCUACGACUACAUGGCGAACGGCAGCCUCGACAACCACCUGUUCGGCGGCGCCGGCGGCGGCGGGGCGCCGGCGCUGAGCUGGGAGCAGCGCGGCAAGAUCGUCCGGGACGUCGCCGCCGGGCUGCUGUACCUGCACGAGGGGUGGGAGCAGGUGGUGGUGCACCGGGACAUCAAGGCCAGCAACGUGCUCCUCGACGCCGACAUGAACGGCAAGCUCAGUGACUUCGGCCUCGCGCGGCUCUACGACCACGGCACCAACCCGCAGACCACGCGCGUCGUCGGCACGCUCGGCUACCUCGCGCCGGAGUUGAGCAAGACCGGCAAGGCCACCACGAGCACCGACGUCUUCGCCUUCGGCGCCUUCUUGCUCGAGGUGGCGUGCGGGCGGAGACCCAUGGAUUUCAGAGACGACGACGACUCGCCGGGGCUCGUCGAGCUCGUCCUCGAGCACUGGAAGGCCGGCAAGAUCACGGCGGCGAGGGACCCCAGGAUCGGCGAGUGCAACGAGGACGACCUCGAGCUCGUCCUCAAGCUCGGGCUUCUCUGCUCACACCCUGACCCGCAGCGCCGGCCGAGCAUGAGGCAGGUGGUGCAGAUCUUGGAAGGCGCCGCGCCGGCGCCGGAGACGUUGCCGGAAGAUCUGGAAUGUAGCGGGAGCCUGUUCUACAGCAAUUCAUUCGACGAGUUCGUCACCGAGUUCCCGUCGACGUCGGACAUCACCACGGCGACGACGCACCCGCCGUCCUCGCAGUCCACCGACGAGCAACAAUGGCUGGUUGGUUCUGUUGAGUUGAGCAAUGUAAAAAUGUCAGCGAGCAAACAUUUGCAGCAGCAUUAGGUGAUUUGUUUGGACUUCAAAAACUUUUGGAGUUAACAUAGGAUACUGUCAAUCAUUUCAAAUAG